CUGACUUGAACCACCAUCUUCGUCGGAACCGCGCGCGCGGCGGCCAGCCGAGCUCGCUCGCUCGCUCGCUCUCCGGGAAUCUCAUGCGGCAACUUGCACACAGGCGACAUCAAUGUCUCACAAUGUGAACGACUUUGCCCAGGUCGUGCGCAUCGAUGCUCUCACGACGGAGCACGUCUCGCGCAAGCUGCGCAUCGUCGGCCGCAUUAGGCUGUAUGAUGCUGAGAAUGCGCUCGUGUGCAUCGCAGACGAGCAGGACACCCUUCUCAUUGACAUCUCGCUUUGCCUGAGCGGCUUCCGCUCCUUCUCCUGGCUGCGCGAAGUCAACACCCCGCUCAUGGCCAUUGGAUACCUAGAGAGAUUGGAUCUGCCGCAACAUGAUGACGGCGAUGUACCGACACUUGUUCUUCGCGCUCUUCUCAUACAGGAACAGAGGGCCCUCGACUUGAAUGUCUGGAACAGAGCUAUUGAUGCCCACAAGGAUGCCGAGCCGGUAUCCUCUGCCGCUUGACUUGACGCAUAAUGAUCCAUAACCUCAACACUCGCAGCGAUGGUAUGCCAUACAUUUACAUAAUAUAUCAUGCAUGUACAUCUGUACCCUAAAUUAAGAUGCUCUACUGAAUGGAUGAAUGCUGUAUUGAAUGGAAUUGCAAAGCCCAAGAAGACGAAAGGGGCCACUCCAUUUUUAUAUAUAGAAAUGGCGAAACUAUUUCAUAAUUUAGAGCCGAGCCUCGACCAUCGGCUCCGGCUGUUGCAAAUCGACGUGCCGGAUCAGCCUGACGCUGUGCUCCUCGAGCUGGUCGAGCAGCGCCUGCCCAUCUACCGAGUUCUGCACCGCCGUCUGGAACGCCUGCCACGUCUAUCAACAC